UGUAGCAUCUCAGCAUCUGCUGGUUUGAGGAUGUCUAGGUGGCAUCGUUGCAUUCGCACUGUGUGGAACUGAAGCUUCUCAUCUUGUCAUAGCAGAACGCUGCUUUCCUGGUGACAGCUUCUCUGGAUCCAUCUGAAUGAGCAAAUAAUGAAAAAGGAGGACCCUUUUUACUGCACGGACGGCGCAGAAAAGGAACAAUAACGGUACUGACAUGAAGAAAGACAUCGAGACUUUAAUAGCAGAGGAACGUGCUGACAUCAUCUCUAAAUAUGACAAGGGCAGGCACGAGGGGGCACACAUCAACCCCUGGGAAGAUGCUGACUACAGCAUCUACAAGGUCACGGAUCGCUUUGGCUUCAUGCAUGAAGAAGAGCUGCCCAUCCCCAGUGCACUGGAGGACAAGAAUAAGCAGCAGGAGAUGGAGCGUGUGCAGAAAUGGCUGAAAAUGGUGCAGAAAUGGGACAAGUACAGGAACAGUGAGAGGAUGUCACGCAGGGUGUAUAAGGGGAUUCCUCUGCAGCUGCGAGGGCAGGCCUGGUCACUGCUGCUGGAUGUGGAGAAGGUGAAGAAUGACAACAAUGGGAAAUAUGAGAAAAUGAAAGAACAAGCCAGAAGCUACUCCACUGAAAUCAAACAGAUCGACCUUGAUGUAAACAGGACCUUUCGAAACCAUAUCAUGUUUCUGGAUCGCUUUGGAGUCAAGCAGCAGGCCCUGUUCCACGUGCUGGCCGCCUACUCCGUUUACAACACGGAGGUGAGUUACUGCCAGGGGAUGAGCCAGGUGGCUGCUAUCCUGCUGAUGUUCCUGAAUGAGGAGGAAGCCUUCUGGGCCCUGUCCCAGCUCCUGACCAAUCACAAACAUGCCAUGCAUGGGUUCUUCAUUCCUGGAUUUCCUAAACUUCAGAGAUUUCAGGCUCACCAUGACCAGAUCCUCUCUAAACUGAUGCCCAAGCUGAAGAAACAUAUGGAUAAGGAACAGAUGUCCACUGGGAUUUAUACACCCAAAUGGUUCCUGCAGUGUUUUAUCGACAGAACUCCAUUCACACUGACCCUGCGCUUGUGGGACAUCUACAUUCUGGAAGGAGAGAAGAUUCUGACCGCCAUGGCCUAUACCAUCCUCAAACUGCACAAGAAGCAGCUGCUGAAGAUGCCUCUGGAGGACCUGCGGGAGUUCCUGCAGGAGAGGAUCGCACACUCCCUCCAGAGCGACGACGUCGUGGUGGAGCAGCUGCAGGCGUCCAUGUCCGAACUGCGCAAGAUGAAGCUGGACCUCCCGCCACCCGCUAAGUCAGACGAGCUGCCCAAGAAGCCUCUGGGCGUGGAGCGUGCGUCGCUGCUGACGGGGGCCCGGCCCCACGUGCCCCGCCCGCACAGCCCCCUCCAGGACCAGGAAGUCAUCGUGCUGGCCGAGAGCCCGACGGACCCCCACACGCCCAGCCAGGGGGGCUCCCCCCCUGCGCCCUCCCCCGACCUGGUGCUGGUGCACAGCCAGGACCUGCAGAGCCCCAGCGCCCUGACCCCCACCGAGGACCCCCCGAGCCCAGCCCACCCUCCUGGCCACGAGCCCGCUUCUCCUGAGCUGAAGCCUGCAGGCGGGGCCGAGCUGCUGGAGGGCGGGGCUGAACGUAGAGUAGGAGAUGCUGGACUGCAGGAGGGCGGGGCUGAACGUAGAGUAGGAGAUGCUGGACUGCAGGAGGGCGGGGCUGAACGUAGAGUAGGAGAUGCUGGACUGCAGGAGGGCGGGGCUGAACGUAGAGCAGGAGAUGCUGAACUGCAGGAGGGCGGGGCUGAACGUAGAGUAGGAGAUGCUGGACUGCAGGAGGGCGGGGCUGAACGUAGAGUAGGAGAUGCUGGACUGCAGGAGGGCAGGGCUGAACGUAGAGCAGGAGAUGCUGAACUGCAGGAGGGCGGGGCUGAACGUAGAGCAGGAGAGGCUGGACUGCAGGAGGGCAGGGCUGAACGUAGAGCAGGAGAUGCUGCACUGCAGGAGGGCAGGGCUGAACGUAGAGUAGGAGAUGCUGCACUGCAGGAGGGCGGGGCUGAACGUACAGUAGGAGAUGCUGAACUGCAGGAGGGCGGGGCUGAACGUAGAGUAGGAGAUGCUGGACUGCAGGAGGGCGGGGCCAAAGUGCAGGUGGGAGGGGACUGUGUGCUGGCAGCCACUGAGACUGACGCCCUGGCCCCGCCCUCUCCCCUGCGCCCCUCAGCUGAGGCCGCAGACGCUCCCGUCCCCCUGAAUCUGCCCCCGCUCCCGGAGCCCUGCCCCCUGCUGACGCCCAGCAAAUUUCCCAUGAGCCUGUCUCUGCCCCUCCCGCCCUGCAGCCCCCGCCGCCCCUCCAACACCUCCCAGUACGACAACCUGUCCGAGGACCCGGAGGAGCUGCUGGAGCCGGCCCCCGCCUCUCCCUCACCCCAAACCCAGCCCCCUGACCUCCCGUCUACUGCCCCUGCACCUCCACAGGCCUGCCUUAAACCAAAGCCAGCCCCCUGCCUCUCCCCUCCCAUCCCUGUCCAACAGCAGGAGCAGGACAGCUCCCAUUCUGUCGAACCCCCAAAGGAACUGUCCAGUCAGAAGGAGGAGCACAGCCUGACCCUGGAGGGGAGCAGCCCUCCGCUCACCGACAGCCUCGCAGCCAAUCCUGUCCCAGAGGACCCGCCUGCAUCCCCGCCCCCCACACACACUGUCCACUCGCAACCAGUGUUCCACCUAGACCCCUCCCCCAGCCAACACCUGCCCAAAUCCAUCACAUUUUAAGACGUGGACCAGCCCUUGUUUCUGAAAAAGCCAUUGCAUCUUUUUUCUUUUUCUUGUUCUUGAGUUUUACUUUCCAGAAGUUGUGUCUUCACCUUUGAGGUUUCCUGACAAAAUCCCGAACAAAGAUUUUGAUCCGCUGAAAUGUGGGAAAAGGUUGAGGACAGUCGCCGAAAAGUGCCAACAGAACCUCACCCCUGCUCUAGUGCCCUCCUGAUGCUCAGAGGUUGACAGAACCUCACCCCUGCUCUAGUGCCGUCCUGAUGCUCAGAGGUUGUAUGUAUGGGUGGAUGUAUUGCCUGUCUCUGAGCGCCUUAAAAAGAACAUUGGUAUUUCUUAUAAAAACAUUUGUGUACUGUAGAAAUGUAAUAAGACCUUGCCCAAAGUGUUUUGAGCAUUUUCUUAACCCCAUAGUGUAAAUUCCUUUUCAUCAUUUAUGGAUAUUAAUAUAACGGAACAAUUUUAGUAUGCUUAGAUCCUACUGUCAUUCUUGACAAAUAGUGGAAAUAGUGUCUUUAGAGGAAGAAAGUGUGUGUUCUCACAAUUAUUAAUUGCAGCAGAUUAAUUUUCUUUCCUUGGUUCAUGCAGCGUUCCAUGUCCCACUGUGCAAUAUGACAGCGUGUGAACUGAGCACUGCUGUGUUUGGGGUCAGUGUUUGGUAAUGCAUCCUAUGUAAGGGUGACGCUGGUGUUUGUGGGCAAAGCAGUGUACAUUACUUUAGCCUAAAAAUAUUUGCAAGCAGGUGCAGGAAAUAUCCCACUGAUUUCAUUUUGAAAUCAUUGAUUUUGUCAUCUUUUGAAAUAUCCCUGAUCUAUGAUGCUGUGAAAGCUUGUUCAAAUCUUUAUGAAAAUGCAGCAAUAAUGUACAUUUGAAUGAAAGUUUACAAAUAUUUAAUAAGAUAUGUAUUAAAUUGAUAAAAAGCAAUAGCAUUAGAGGUUUUGCAGAACUGCUAUAAUUUGUUCAUAUUUUGCAAGCGGGAUGGGCAUGUCAUUUGUUAAUCAAUGCCGCCAUCUGGUGGUCAGAUCAUGCUUUGCAUGAUGUCAUCUUAACCUCCAGACUGGGAUUUCAGUGUGUUCAGCGUUAAUACUGCCCUUUGUUAAAAAUCUUGUACUGUAAUCCAGAGAGCGGGUUGUUUUGAGAUGAAAACCUGUCUUCAGUGGCAUGCAGUUGACGCCCUUAUGUAAAGAACAGGCUCAAUUAGGAAGCACACAUUAUGCACGCACAACAGCUCAGGAAUAAAAAAUCAACCGCUUUUAUCACAGAAUAAAAGAAUAGCUGCGCUAUUGGACUUGAAAUCAAUGUAUUAGGAGAGGUGGUGGAAAUGGAUCAUCACUUCUUCCCCAUCUACAUGAUGUGUACAUUCUGGUUUUUUUUGUUGUUGUUUUUUUACAUAACCUAUGUUAUAUACAGUAUAUAUGUUUUAUUUUGCCGUUUUGCACUUUGUAUAUGCAAAACAAUGACAAAUUGUUUAUUUAAAUUUUGUACAAUACUGUACAUUGCUGUACUUUCCUUUCUUAAGGAGUUGUAAGGGCUCCAACCAAAAGUGUUUUGGUUUUAUUCAGAUUCAUGUGAUGUAAAUACUGUCAGACAUUUGUGAAGUUGACAAUGUUUGGAGAAAAAAAAAAGUUUCUAAAUUUGUGAGUGACUGCUUUUUUCCAGUGAGCGUAAUGAAAUUCAAAUGUCUUAAUUUAUACAUAAGAGAAUUUAUACACUAAUAUUAUAAACUCUUUUUUUAGUGAAUAUCAGAUAUGGCUAGCAUAUAAAUAUCUGUGACAAUCAGCUGUUUAACUUCUUAUCCAUUGCACACAAAUAUUUUAUAUUACACUUGGCUUUCUGGAAACAUACACUCCACGUUUGGUUAAAUGUGAGCACUUCCUAUUGACUGAUAUGGCCAUCCAGGAAAACCACUUACAGAAAUGCAUUUUUAGUGUGCUGGUGGCUUCCUGCUGAAAACUCUUUCAGUCACUUUCUCACAAUUCAGCAUUGUAAGCUAUGGCCCUCAUUUGGCCAGCUGACAGACAUGGGCCUACAUGGACAGUAUGGCUGUGUUUAGUCUUUCUGCACACACUCUAAAUUUACUGCGGUUGGACUUGAACCAGAAGGUUGAGUAAAUGAAUUCCUUCUGCACCAAAGGUUGC